AUGACUACGCCAGACGAUCCUCAAGCCAAAGUCUAUUCCCAUAUAAACGGUAGGGAAGGCGACAUCCUGUCUAGAUUAGCUGUGGCCGAAUUGUGCAAGGGUUGGCCCGUAUAUCGCGACGCAUCGGAGUGGAAGAACUUUCGCUCCCUUUUCUCUGAUGACGCGUACGUCUGGACGACGUGGAGUAAGCGUCAGCCCAUUGACAGCUUUAUCCAAAAGUCAAAAGAGGGAAAGUCAAAUGGCGACUUCAUCAUGCAUCGCGAAUGCGGCACUCUUGUGGAUCUCAACUUGUCGACGCUCCGAGCAGUUGGCAAGAUGAAGGCAACUAUAACUCAACGAUUUAAGAUCGGAGAGAACAACAGCGCAGGACUCGAACCGGUCAUAUUCGACGUGGACUGCGACUGUCGGUUCCAUUUCUUCUGUUUUCGUGACUUGGAUACCCAUGCCUGGAAGGUUAAGUACGUCAAGCUAAUAUAUGAGAAAGACAAGCUUGUUCCUGUCGACGGCAAGGUUAUUCCAAGCUUCCCUAAGGAUGCGCUCGACAGGUACCCAGAAGGGUAUAAGUAUCUUGGUGCAGCUCAAAGCACACUCGGGCACGAUAUCGACCCUUCUCUUCCAACUAUUCAAGGUCCGGAACCUGGGUCUUUCGAUAUACUACGGUUGGAGUUGUACAAGAAGAUGGAGCAAUGGCUCGACGGCGCGGACGACGUUGACCUUUCGACGAGUCACGGCCGCAGAGAUGUUAGUGGGAAGGAUACAUACACAUAA